ACACUCAAGAGAGAGAAACUAUGUAUUGCGCGUUGGUAAACUAACAUACAUUAAGCACAGAUUACGAACCCAUCAACAAAAAGCCAAGCCAACAAGAGAGAGAAAAAAAAAAUUAUCCCAGAAACACACACACACACACUGAGGGUGUUUUUUUCAAGAAAGAUACAUACAUACACAUAUAUAUGUAGAGAGAGAAACACACCUUGUGUGUGUGUGAGUGUGAGUGAGGAGGAGGAGAAACCCUCAAAAAACCUCUUCUUGAUCAUCAACAUUUGUUCUGUUUUUCAAACAUCACACAAUCUUUUUGAGGGUUUCAGUAUAUAGUGUGUAUAGUUAUUAAACAUCAUUCAUACAUAUAAUCUUAUAAUAAUUAAGAUGUCGUCACCAGGUGACCAAACAGAGCCUACGUGGCAGUUAGGGUUGGGAGGUGGUUCGGAUUCAUUACCUCAACGGCCAGAUGAAGCUGACUGUAUUUAUUAUCUUCGAACCGGGUUUUGUGGGUACGGUUCUCGCUGUCGGUUUAACCAUCCGGUUGAUCGUGGUGGUUCGGUUUUUGGAGGUGUGAGGUCUGGUGGAGGGGAGUACCCGGAACGUAUCGGCGAACCCGUGUGUCAGUAUUAUAUGCGAACCGGGAUGUGUAAAUUUGGUGCUUCUUGCAAGUAUCAUCAUCCGAGACAUGGUGUUGUUGGAUCGUCGAGCACGGUGCCACUGAAUGUAUCGGGAUACCCUCUCCGUCCUGGGGAAAAGGAGUGUUCAUACUACGUCAAAACCGGGCAGUGUAAGUUCGGGCCCACCUGUAAAUAUCAUCAUCCCCGGCCUACGAUCAUAAUGCCGCCGCCGCCACCACAACAGGCACCACGACUGCCACCCGAAUCUUUGCCUUCCGCUCUAUACCCAUCUCCAGUUGCCUCUUCCCAACCAUAUGGAGUAUUUGCAAGACCGUCUCUUCCUCCCGGCCCGUAUUUUCCCGGGCCUUACGGUCCGUUGCUACUUCCACCACCAGCAAUGGUCCCAUUUCCAAAUUGGAAUCCUUAUCAGGCACCAGCCUCUCCUAAUACCAUUGGAGCGGGCCCGUUUUACGCGAUAGCUCCUCACUUGUCUCCCCCUGUUCCUUCCUACACUGGAUCGUACCUCUCUGUGCCGUCUUCUUCUAGUAAAAAUGAACAUUCGCUUCCUCAAAGACCCGGUGAACCCGAAUGCCAAUAUUACUUGAAAACAGGGGAUUGUAAAUUUGGUUCUUCGUGUAGAUACCAUCAUCCGCCAGAGUGGACUGCACCGAGUCCGAACUUUGUACUAAGCCCAAUGGGCCUUCCCCUCCGCCCCGGUGCACCUGUUUGUACACAUUAUAGUCAAAAAGGGGCGUGUAGGUUCGGGCCAUCAUGCAAAUUCGAUCACCCAAUGGGCAUGUUAAGCUACAGUUCAUCUGCAUCUUCACUAGCUGAAAUGCCAGUUGCACCGUAUCCGGUUGGCUUAUCUAUCGCCACCCUAGCACCGUCAUCUUCUUCGUCCAACUUAAGGCCCGACCUUAUUUCUACAGCCAACAAAGAUGGUUCAAGUUCGUCCAAAAACAUGCCGGUUUCUGACUCGACUGGCGGCACUAGCACCACACGUGGUCACUCCACAUAGCGAGUGCUACCGAUUCUCAAACGUCACAUUUUAUGAAACCUAACAAGCAAUCUUUUUUACACGGCAUCCAUUAUUUUUACUCGCGUUAGCUUUGAAGGAAAAAAAAAAGACAAAUGGGAAACCGCCACGUGUUUGUCGCGUUGCCUCUUUUGUUUUUGUUUAUGUUGUGGUUCCUAGUACAAAGUGAAAGUGUUGAUCCCAUAUUCUCAUCCCUGUUUUUUAUAUGGGGGUGUGUCAAGUGGAGAAACUGAAAGGAAUGGAAUGGAAUUUGAAUAAUUUUGUCUUACAAUCAAAAAGUGGUAGAUAUGAUAUGAUUUGUAAGGAUUAUUUGAAUAAUUUUGUCUACCAUAUACAUUACACAUACAUUACAACAAAACAAUGAAUACUACACAUUGGAUUUUCUCU